AUGGCACUUCAGACUGUCACUUGGAUGAGCGCAUUCCUCUGCCUCGCGCAAGUUUGCUCCAUGCCCAUGCCUUGCCAGCUACAAGGACAGCUGGUGCGAAUAACCCACAACCUACUGAGAGACAUGGGGGGUAAUUUUCCUCUGGAGUGCCUGCAGGAGAAUGUCUUCGUGGCAUUCCCAGCCACCGCAUUUGCAACCUCCGGUGCGCCACAGUUGAGCAGCAGUGGUGCUAUGGCUAUUUAUGAGACAUUGAAGAACAUCGACACAUUGUUUGGAGCUGACGACCUGCCUACUAAGUGGGACCAACAGAAGUUGGAUAAUUUUCAGAAUAUUGUAUACCGCCAGAUUGAAGAGAGUAAAUGUAUGAUGGGCAGUGUGGAUACCAGUGAUUAUCUCAUCAGGACAGAAGGACUGAAGACGUACUUUGGGAACAUUGCAGCAGUCCUAAAAGAAAAGAAUUUCAGUUACUGCGCCUGGGAAGUGGUUCGAAAAGAGCUCCUGUACAGCCUACAGUUCAUUCUGGAACACAACUCUGAUAGCCUUCUGUCGGGUGUGGUGUUGGGGCAUCCUCUGGAGAUGGAGGGUCGGUUACUUCAGGCAACGCGUCAUGAAAACAUAUUUCGACAAGCUGAGCGCCGUCUUGAAACAAAAGAUCAUCUAACUACAGUAAGAAUGACACUUCAGACUGUCACUUGGAUGAGCGCCUUCCUCUGCCUCGCGCAAGUUUGCUCCAUGCCCAUGCCUUGCCAGCUACAAGGACAGCUGGUGCGAAUAACCCACAACCUACUGAGAGACAUGGGGGGUAAUUUUCCUCUGGAGUGCCUGCAGGAGAAUGUCUUCGUGGCAUUCCCAGCCACCGCAUUCGCAACCUCCGGUGCGCCACAGUUGAGCAGCAGUGGUGCUAUGGCUAUUUAUGAGACAUUGAAGAACAUCGACACAUUGUUUGGAGCUGACGACCUGCCUACUAAGUGGGACCAACAGAAGUUGGAGAAUUUUCAGAAUAUUGUAUACCGCCAGAUUGAAGAGAGCAAAUGUAUGAUGGGCAGUGUGGAUACCAGUGAUUAUCUCAUCAGGACAGAAGGACUGAAGACGUACUUUGGGAACAUUGCAGCAGUCCUAAAAGAAAAGAAUUUCAGUUACUGCGCCUGGGAAGUGGUUCGAAAAGAGCUCCUGUACAGCCUACAGUUCAUUCUGGAACACAACUCUGAUAGCCUUCUGUGGGCCAACAGAACAUGA